AUGCCGAGCAGCACCAGCUACCCCCAGCUGCUCCCCCUGCCAGCCGCGGAGAACCGCCAGCCCACUCCUCGGAACCCCUCCCGCGACGCCGAGCACACCCUGUCCCCCCACCAGCGCCAGCUCACCAGCGAGUCCUCCUCCUGCCCAUCGGACACCGAGAUCUCGUCGCUCUACGGCAAAUACCGCAACUCGGACGGCUCCAGCACCGAGCCCCUCGAACAAGAAGACGCCCGCCAGGACUCGUUCACCCAGGGGGACGACGCACACGGCCUGCUGCUGCCCGGCCCACGGAGGAGCACGGUGAUCGACGAGCUCAACUGGAUGCUCGGCCAGGCAAUCGACUCCGCCCAGACAGGCUUCGCCAGCUCCCAGCAGGCCUCUCCAGAACCCCACCACCGACUGUCCCACGUGAGGCCCUAUUCCCCGCUCGUCAACGGCCUCGAGAGACUGAGCAUUGACAAAGAGAGGACCCUGCAUACCCCCGAAGGAACCCAUCCCGGCGAACACUCCAUCGAAGACCUCAGCGAACCCAUCUCCGCCUCCAGCCUCUCGGACUACAGUGCCGACCCAGCCGAGGACCCCCACACGGCCACCACAUCCUCCAGCCUUCAUCAGCAGCACCGCAGACGCGUCUACAACCUCGUCGACACCAGCUCGUCGGUGGCAGCCGACGAGAGGCUCAAGGAGUACUCGGCCUACGACUUGACGGCUCUAUCGAAACCUCAGGACAACCCUCAACUGGGCUCCUCCAAGACUGGUCUACAGCCACCACCCAACAAGGAAGACUAUGCCGGAAGCACCAUCUCAGCCCGCGCCCAGUCAGCCUCUUCCGAAGAAGUCCUGUCAACAUCAGCCCUCGAGGACUCCAACACCCAGCUCUUACGCCGCUCGCCAUCCCAACAACGGAACCCCCUGCUUGCAGGCAUCAAUCUCCAAGACUUGGUCGCCGCUCGCAAGCAGGACGCGCUCCGGGAGGCGCGUCAGUCCACCUCCUCCGACCAGCUCCCCUCGUCGCUCGAGGACUUCGACCCUCCGCCCAGAAGCAAAGCCAUGAUGACCAAAAAGCGGCUCGAAGAGGACCAAUACCACCCGCUCCCGGCGAACAGCGCAAGUCCCAAUGGAAAGCAACUCCAGGCCCGCUCCCCAGUCGUCAAACGAUCCUCCUCAGACAUGAGCUUCCUCGAGCAGUGGCAGUGGCUGGAAUCUCAACACCCGUCGGGCUCCUCGCCCCCGAAGAAAAAGCAUUCGAUACCCACAGCAGAACCCAUCAAGCCAGCAAGGACCACUGCUACUCCCCCCACCACCACCCGCGACAAAUCCAUCCAGGCCCUGGAUAGCCACUUCAGCUCGUCCAUCAGCUCGAGCGACCGGGCGAACAAGCUGGCCAUCCUCUCCCAACGGCAGCGAAACCUGCAGCAGGCUGCCCACCAGCAACGUCCCCACCCGAACGUGCACAACAACAAGGCGGCGAAGACGACGACGACGACCAAGCUCGUCGGCGGCGCCUGGUUCGACCGGGUGCCGACGAUCGACCCCAAGGACCUCAAGAAGAUCAAGACGGCCGCCGACCGCUGCCGGGUGUACGAGAGCAAGCUCGAGCAGCUCUGUUCCCAGCCGACGGGCCUCGAUCUCUGGGUCUGGCUCAAGACCUGCGCCGAGGGGCCCACCACGCCGGCCGUCGCCCCGCAGCCCGCCCGCAAGCCGGGCUACUCCCCGCUGGCCAGCCACCACCCUCUCCCGCUCCCCCCGCACCUCCAGCAGCCCGGCCAGUCCGGAGGAGCCCCCCAGCUCCGCGACACCUCCCUCAGCAGCAUCGCCUCCUUCCCCCUCCGCCCCGGAACGGCCGCCCAGAAAGCCGUCCAGAUCCGCCGCGGAUCCGACCUCCAGCUCCUCGAGAUCAGCCAUCCCUCCAACACCACCACAGUCGUCAACUCGCUCAUGGAGAUCAACUCCCUGCCCUACCCCUCCCUGUACCCCCACUCGGUCCCCAUCCACCCCGCACCCCCUCCUCCAGAGGUCCCCAGUAACGCGCCAAAGGGCGGGCCCGGCGGCCGCUUCUUCGCCCACAUCGUCCGCCACAACUCCGCCAAACGCCGCAACCACUCCGCCAGCCCCUCCGCGUCCCCCUCCAAGCCCCGCAUCUCCGCGCCCCUCCGCCCCCCUCCCCCACCCCGCGGCCCCCGCCCCGACCUCUUCGUCCCCCACAACAGCGUCGGCGCUCUCCGCCCCGCUGCCGCGCCCCCCGCCCGCUUCUCCCACGACGACAACCCCCCGCCCGGCCUCCCCCGCGGCCCCCACCGCAUGUCCUUCGCCUACGGCUCCGCCUCUGGGCCGGGAAGACCGUCUUCCCCGCCCCCCGCCGCCGCCCUCCCCGGCCCCGCCCAUCCUCCCGGCUUGCUCGAAGGCCUGCUCGACAAGCUCGUCGCCAUCCUCCCCGACGCCGACCCCGCCCUCCUCCGCGCCCUCCUCAUCGCUAACCACCUCGACGACGUCCUCACUAUCGGCGCGUACUUGGAGGCCGCUAAUAACCCCGCGUGA